AUGUCGUGUUCCACCUGCCGGCUCUGCGCGCAAAGUCUCCUCCUCUUGGUCCUCCUCUCGGCUGCCGCCGUCUCCGCCCACACCCACGACAAGGUCAAAGGAGUGAGCUACGACGGCCGCUCGCUCAUCAUCAAUGGCAGGAGGGAGCUCCUCUUCUCCGGCUCCAUUCAUUACCCUCGCAGUACCCCGGAGGUGAUCGCCCAAUGAUUUCCCUUGUCAUUGCUCCUCUCUCUCUCUCUCUCUCUUGCUCACCGUGGUGCAAUGGCCCUGGUGGUGUGGGUGAACAGAUGUGGCCCGACAUCAUCGCCAAAGCCAAGCGCGGGGGGUUGAACGCCAUACAAACCUACGUGUUCUGGAACGUCCACGAGCCGCAGCCAGGCCAGGUGAAGGUCAACGAACUCUAGCAUCAUAAUAGUCGGAGAGAUAAUUAAAUCAUACGGCUAAACUAUGCAAGCUAAAAAUAAGAUCUCAAUGCAAUAUUCACGCGCAUCCACUGUAGUCAGAUCCAUCAAAAAAACCAUGCGGAUGCUAUCAACCUCUAUCCCCCGACGAACAUGCCACAGGGUUCCCUUAACUUUGACGUCGAAGUCAACGUUUUUCUUCAAGAUUAUAACGAAUCCACGGACGUGAUUCACCUGUUCGUGACUGAUUGUGAUAUUCGAGACGAUGGUCUUCUCAUCAUCAUCAUCGGGGUUGGUUAGUACCGGAGACUACCUGACAAAGUCAACGUCCCUGCAUUGCCUGCCCAGGAUUAAUGUAGAGAGAGAGAGAGAGAGAGAGAGAGAGAGAGAGAGAGACCCAUCUGGAAUUUCUCUCUCUAAAACCCGUCAGCUAACAUGAUCUAUCGAUGAACUUGAUGGUGGGGGCUGCAGCUGAACUUCUCAGGAAGGCGCGAUCUCGUGAAGUUCAUCAAGCUGGUGCACCAACAGGGACUCUAUGCGACUCUACGAAUCGGUCCCUUCAUCGAGGCCGAGUGGAACUUUGGGUACCAACCAUCUCCCCAUCCUCCUGCCUCGACGGCGCCAGCAACCCUUCCGAGGCUCAUCCUUCUUGUUUAAUCUUUAUUUUUUCAAAGUAUUUUAAGAUCAUUCAUCCAUCGAUUUUCAGAGGGUUUCCUUUCUGGUUGAAGGAGAUCAAGAACAUAACUUUUCGAUCAGACAAUGAGCCUUUUAAGGUGAAUAGUCGAUUACUAUAAAUAGUUGAAAAAAAUAUAUGUACGAAGUCUCGGCUUCAUCUCCCUCAUCUCGUCUGCAGCAUCACAUGAAGAAGUUCGCCGAGAUGAUCGUGAAGAUGAUGAAGGAUGAGAAACUCUUCGCCUCUCAAGGAGGACCCAUCAUUCUAUCUCAGGUAGGCGACCCACGUUCGGUAGUCACUUCUUGAGAGUCCAAGCGUUGACUUCUUCCGAUUGGUGGGCAGAUCGAGAACGAGUACAACAACGUGGCCCUCGCCUACGAGGAAGAAGGGAAGAAUUACGUCCAGUGGGCCGGGAAAAUGGCCGUGGGGCUUGAGACCGGGGUCCCAUGGGUCAUGUGUAAGCAAACGGAUGCACCUGACCCAGUGGUGAGUUACCUCGUUAAUUUUCCACGGGUGGGCGGCACGUGGCCUUCACGGGCAGGAAGAUGUAAACACGAUGAUGAUGAUGCUCUUCUAUGUCGCAGAUUAGCUCGUGCAAUGGGAGGAACUGCGGCGACACGUUCACGGGUCAGAACAAGCCCAACAAGCCGAUCCUAUGGACGGAGAACUGGACAGCACAGUGAGUCCCCGCCGCCAUCUCAUUUCUAGCCGAUCGAGUCGUCCGAAGUAGAAUUUCCUAUCUAUUUUAAGCCCUCCCUGGCUACAUUGGGUGGUACAAAGCUUGGUUUGGAUGAUGACCCAUAAAAAAUCAGCAUCAUUUCUUACAGUUCGACGAUUGUUCUUCAUACGUGAUCGUAUGGGAUUCAUCAGUUUUUCUCAAUUGGGCAAGGUUUUCGCCGCAAAUAUGUUCACCCUGAUGAAAAAAACCAUGCCUUUCACUCUCAUUUCAAGAUGCUUCCGCUUGGAAUUCUCAGGUACAGGGUUUUCGGUGACCCGCCGUCCCAAAGAUCGGCCGAAGAUCUCGCGUACGCCGUGGCACUCUUCUUCUCCAAGAACGGGACCCUCGUCAACUAUUACAUGGUAUCUAUCCAUCAUCUUGCGGGCUCUUCUGUUCUGUCCCUGUCAACGCGUGUGAUCUGGGACGCCUUUCUAAUUUCGGUUAGAUGGGUUACCCACAUUCUUGUACAGUAUCACGGCGGGACAAACUUCGGAAGGACAAGCUCAUCCUUUGUCACCACUCGCUACUACGACGAGGCUCCUCUCGACGAGUAUGGUAUGGAGCAAUCAGGAUCUUGCCAUCUUAAGAAAGACAUUGAUUUGCUUUCUUUAGUGCCCUAAAAAAGCUUUCUAUUAAUGGUUUUACUAGCAAGAACAACCUCUAGAAAGGGUUCCUGCUUGUAUAUAUUUAUCGAUUUAUUAUUUUACAUCACCCGCGUGACAAGUCAGGAUUGUUGAAGGAACCCAAAUGGGGGCACAUCAAGGACUUGCACUCCGCAUUGAAACUAUGCAGAAAGGCUCUUCUUUGGGGGACGCCAACCGUUCAAUCGUUGGGUCAAGACCUUGAGGUAUUAUUCCUCCACAUUUUUCUAUAAUUCUUGGAGUUGACCUGUUUUUAUGAAUUUCGUAUUUCGUUAGAACAAUCCUAUACCAUGAAAUAUCUGGAUCCGACGGCCAGAAUUCGCAACUACAUCCACGUGGGAGAACCAGAGCGAAUUAAUUUCCACAUAAAGAUAUCCAUUAGGAUAAUUCGACACUAAUAGAUAGGGAAAAAAUUAAAUAACUAAAUAUAUGGAACUAUUCUACUCGUUGGCAACUGAUUUUCCGCCGUGCCACUCGAUUACCCAAGAAAGCCAAUAAAAGAAGAAUAGCAUCACAUCGAUUUCUUACGUGUCGUUGACUUUAGCUUGAUCUUCACAGGCCCGAGUGUAUGAGAAGCCCGGGAGCGAUGUGUGCGCGGCUUUCCUCGUCAACAAGAACCCUAGAGUCGAUACAACGGUGGUCUUCAGAGGGGUGGCGUACGUUCUCCCACAUCAUUCCAUCAGCAUCCUCCCCAACUGCAAGACCGUCGUCAUCAAUACCCAGAGAGUACCCACAUAUCCCCAUCUGUUUUAGUCAAGGAAUAUGAUAGCUCAUGCUAAUACAAUAACAUAAAGAUAGAAGAUAAUCGUAGAUUAAAAAUAAAAAUAAAAAUCUCAAGGUAGACAUGAUCGAAGUUUCUCUGCUAGAAUUUAGUCUUGGGCACCCUCGAGAGAUUGGAGGUGUUGAUGCCUCGGGCUGGUGUUGAAGUCGGGCCUCAAUCUGGCCUUACUUAUCUGAAUUACUUAUAUUUAUGGGCGUAUUCCGGGCUUUUUCUAAGGACCCAAAUGAAACCCGGCCCGUUGAUUCUCUUUCAUUAGUUGGCGUGGAGUGGGUAGUAACCCUCUUUGACGUACAACAGGUCAACGCCCAACACAGCGCGAGGACCUACCACGUAUCAAAAGAAGCCAACAAGAAGCAUGGGCAUGGCUGGAAGAUGUACCAGGAAGCCGUCCCGACUUUCAGCCGAACUUCCAUCAGGGCGAAUGGGCCGAUGGAGCUCAUGAACCUGACCAAGGAUACCACGGACUACCUCUGGUACUCUACCAGGUGAGACAUUGCUACUUGGGAAAAUAAGAUAGCUGGAGGAGGACAGCUGUUUCGCCCUUCUAACUUGCUCUCUCUCUCUCUCCGAUCCGUCUCUCUCAGCUUCAACCUGGAGAAGGACGACCUGCCGAGGCGCCAAGACAUCCGCCCGGUCGUACAAAUAUCGAGCCUCGGUCAUGCAUUACAUGCCUUCGUGAACGACGUUUAUAUAGGUUUCUUCUUAUUCUCUCACGACCUCUGUUGGCAGCGUCAAUGGAUUUCUGUCUAUUUUCUCUCUCUACCUUCGUUAGCAGUGCCCCGGGUAGGUCCUGAAUCUGGCCCCAAUCCUUUGGGACCGGGCCCCCAAAAACUCGAGCCCGGGAACUUAAAAAGGCAUUACUUCCCCCCCCCCCCUUUCUCUCUCCCUCUCAAUCCUUUGGCAAUCUCUCUCCCUUUCUCUCUCUCUCUCUCUCCCUUUCUCUCCCUUUCUCUCUCUCUCUCUCUCUCUCUCUCUCUCUCUCUCUCUCCCUUCUCUCUCUCUCUCUCUCUCUCUCUCUCUCUCUCUCCUUUCUCUCUCUCUCUCUCUCUCUCUCUCUCUCUCCCUCUGUGUCUUCCUCUCUGUCUCCCCUCUCCUGUCUCUUUCUUCGGUCAUUUCUUCGACUUAGGUUUCAUCUAGACUUUGUGAAGACACGGGUUCGGGCUGCCCCUUGACGGCAGCUGACCCGGCCUUAUGCCCUGCAUUGUGAUGGAUACUUAGCUAUCUCAAACCUAGACAAGAUUGAUCUUGUUCAUAGAUUAAACCAUCUCUUCUCGGCCGUUCUUUCAGGAUCUGGCCACGGAACCAAAAUAGAUAAGAGCUUCUCCUUCGCGAAGCCGGCGACUCUCAAGCCCGGCACCAACCACAUCUCUAUUCUCGGCAUGACGGUGGGAUUACCGGUAAGAGGAAGGAGGAGAAGAACCUAUGCUUGACUCCUUCGGCCACUGUGAAAAUGCUUGGUUUUUCUGCCUCAAGCUCAGACCUACUCUCGGUUCUCCUUCAUCUUCUUCCCUCUUUCUGAUAAAGGAUAGCGGAGCGUUCUUGGAGAAAAGGGUCGCCGGCGUCCACAGGGUCGCCGUCCAGGGCCUCAACACCGGAACCCUAGAUUUGUCCGCCAACAAAUGGGGACAUCAGGUGAGACCCCUCUCUCUCUCUCUCUCUCUCUCUCUCUCUCUCUCUCUCUCUCUCUCUCUCUCUCUCUCUCUCUCUCUCUCUCUCUCUCUCUUUCUCUCUCUCUCUCUCUUUCUCGCUUUCUCUCUAGAACCAUUCCAACGGGCAAACUGAUACCAACGUGGAUCGCGCAGGUCGGCAUGGUGGGGGAGAAGCUGAGGAUAUACACGCAGCACGGAUCCCACAGGGUUCAGUGGUCUGCGGCGAAGAAAGGCACUCCUCUUACGUGGUACAAGGUAAGUAUAAUGCGGCACCUUGGAACUAUCUCACUCGCCGGCGAUCUCACAUAGGGUUAAAUGCAAACGGUUUUUCAUCCAUCUCAUGGUGGUUUCAGAGAUACUUCGAUGCCCCGCAUGGAGAAGAUCCGGUGGCCAUCGACAUGUCUAGCAUGGGGAAAGGAAUGGUCUGGGUUAAUGGGCAGAGUAUCGGCCGCUACUGGGUCUCCUACCUCUCCCCCUUCGGCCUGCCUUCUCAAUCCAUGUAAGCCACCUCACCCAUCUUCUUCUACAUUUUCUUUGCCUUGGAGCUUUCGAUCUGUUCCAAACUCUUGAUCCGCCGCCGCCGCUGCUGGUUCAGGUAUCAUAUCCCGAGGUCGUUCAUGAAGCCCAGCGGCAACCUCAUGGUCGUCCUCGAGGAGACCGGCGGGAACCCGGAGGGGAUCGCCGUCGUCACCGUGAGGAGGGACAACAUCUGCGCCAUCGUCACCGGCGACGUCAAGCCGAAGGCCCGCCUCCGCUGCGCCGACAGCAAGAUCAUCCGCUCCAUCGCCUUCGUCAGCUUCGGCAACCCCACAGGCUCCUGCGGCCAGCUCGCCGCCGGCAGUUGCCACUCCCCGGCGGCCAUGGCCGUCGUCGAGAAGGUCAGUGAAUCUCCAUUCCCAUCUCCAUCGUCGUCGGCGCCAUUUUCAGCUCACUCUUCCUUGCGACCUCAGGCCUGCGUGGGGAAGACCUCCUGCGAGCUGCCGGUGAGCCCAGAGGCCUACGCCGCCGACGCCAGCUGCGCCGGGACGACCAACACGCUCGCAGUGCAGGCCAAGUGCGUCAGGAAGAAGGGGUAG